CACCUCCGAAAAGAGCCAUGCACAAAAGGUAGAACAGCCUUCUCGCGACUAGAAUGAGGCGGGAGCAAGCAAUCGCCUAGGGUUUCUGAGUUUCUUCCCACAAGAAGGACAUCGAAAUCGUCAUUUUUUCUUCUUGUUUGGGAAGAAAGGGACUCGCCCGUCGGUACGAGGAUCGACCAUUCCCGGCGCCUUUACUGGGGGAAUAUAUUCAAGAUUGAAGGUUCAGCCAGAGCCAGUAAAUUCUUGAAGCAGUCGAUGGAGGGACAAGAAUUUGACGUGCAAAACCCUUCUCAUCAUUUCGACAUGGCUGUCUUCUUAUGGGAGAAAGGAGAAGACAAGAAGGUUGCGAGGGAGAAAGCAGCUGAGCAUUUGGUCCUCUCAGUUAAGCUAAACCCAAGCAAUGGCGCAGCGUUUCGCCUUCUAGGGCAUUACUACAGCCUGGAGUUGGUCGAUUUACAGCGGUCAUCCAAGUGCUACCAGAGGGCAAUCACCAUUAACCCUGACGAUAACGAGGCUGGGGAGGCGUUAUGUAAUUUGUUGGACAGAGGAGGAAACCAGUCUUUGCAGCUGACAAUCUGCCAUGAAGUGGUGGAGAAGUCCUCCCGAGCAUUCUGGGCAUGGCGGAGAUUAGGGUACUUGCAGGUUGCUGAAAAGAUGUGGCCAGAUGCAGUUCAGAGCCUUCAGCAUGCAAUUCGAGGCUAUCCAACAUGUCCAGAUUUAUGGGAAGCCCUAGGACUUGCAUAUCAGCGGUUGGGCAUGUUCAGUGCUGCCUUAAAGUCAUAUGGACGUGCAUCAGAGCUCGAUAACACAAGAGUUUUUGCAUUACUUGGGAGCGGUAACAUUUUGAUGUUACUUAGUUCUUAUAGGAAGGCAGUUGAUAUGUUUCGUGAAGCUGCAAAGAUUGCACCUCAAAAUGUGUCUGCACAUUAUGGACUUGCUUCUGCUCUUCUUGGAAUGUCAAGAGAUUGCAUUAAUUCUGGUGCAUUUUGGUGGGGUGCUUCUCUAUUAGAGGAAGCUUCUGUCAUUACCAGAGGCUGUUGUCACACUGCAGGAAACAUGUCGCCCCUUUGGAAGUUGCUUGGGGAUAUUGAGAUGACCUAUGCAAAAUGUUCACCAUGGUCACAAGAAAAUGGAUGUUGUGAAAUUGAUGAGGCAGCUUUUGCAGCCUCUAUCCUGACUUGGAAGGAGAAGUGCCAAUUGGCUGCUGUUACUGCAAACCGUGCUUAUCAAAAAACUCUGCAUUUGACUCCAUGGCAGGCAAACAUGUAUGCUGAUGUUGCAAUUUCUUUGGAUUACAUUUGUUCCCUGAAACAAUUGAAACCAAAUGAUGGGACUGAUCGGCAGCUAGCAGAGAAGAUGUCACUUGGUGGAUUGGUUCUUGAGUGCAGCAACAGUGAGUUUUGGAUAGCCUUAGGGUGUUUGGCCAAUUAUGGAGCAUUGCAGCAACAUGCACUCAUUAGGGGAUUGCAGUUGUGUGUUUCUCAUGCUGCAUCAUGGUCUUACCUUGGAAAGCUCUUUCAUAAGGAGGGACAUGUGGUCAUUUCAAAGCAAACUUUAGAUCGUGCUAGAAGUUUAGAUCCUUCACUUCCCUUGCCAUGGGCUGCCAUGUUGACCAACAGUUCUGCUGGGGAUAUUUCAUGGGAUGAGGCUUUUGAGAACUGUCUUCAUUCAGUCAGAUUGUUGCCUGUAGUAGAAUUCCAACUUGGGCUUGCGAAGCUUGCUUUCAUUUCUGGUCAUUUGCAAUCUUCACAGGUAUUUGUGGCCAUCACACAGGCAGUUCAGCGUGCACCCCACUAUCCUGAAGGCCAUAAUUUGUAUGGACUAGUUUGUGAGGCCAGAUCUGAUUAUUGUUCUGCAAUUGCUGCCUAUAGGCGUGCAAGAUUUGCUGCCAAUGUUUCUACAGUGGCAACACCUAGUUCUUGCAAACAUGACAUAACAGCUAAUCUUUCUAGAGCUCUUUGUGUGGCUGGACAUUUUCUUGAUGGUACUCGUGAGUGCAAAGUGUUGGAAGAAGAAGGCUUUCUGGAUAAUAGAGGCUUGCUCAUAUAUGCAGUUGCAUUAUGGGAACUUGGUAAAACUGAUCGAGCUCUGUCUAUUGCAAAACAUCUGACUGCCUCAGUAUCAUAUUCAGAUCUGAAAACUGCCGCUGAUGUAUUCGGGUUGAUAUGCAAAUUGCUUUAUCACAUAGUGGGCAUGAAAUACACUUGGCCCGUUAUUCUGAAAAAGAAGGACACUUUGUUACAAAGGUCAAGGAAUGUUUUUCUCAUUGCUUCAGUUAAGGCUCUCAACACUAGUGAGCAUUUGGAAACAUUUUUCUCAAGUGGAAUCGAGUCCCUGCUGUCUCAUGAGGAGGCUUCCAAACUUCAUUCCUUGAUUGCCAUGGCGAAAUGGCUUUCAUGCGGAUCAAAUCGAGAAGUGGGGAUUUCUUGUGCUAAGAAACAUCUUAAAAGGUCCCUUCACAUCUACCCUCAUAGUGUUUCAAUAAGGAAUCAAUUAAGUUCACUUCUAAUAUGGGACAAAAACUGGAAAGCUGCUCAUUGUGUCUCAAACUGCACAGGCAUGGGCACAUCCAUGUACUUGACAUCUAAACUUUCAGAACCUUCAUAUGAAAAUCUUGGUUCUGCAGCAGUUUCAUGCUAUUCCAGCUGUUCCAGAAAUACAUCCUUCUCUACAUGUGAGGAUCGACAUACUUGUCGAGUGAAACCAACACAUCUGUUGCAGAAAUGGUGUCAUCAACAGCCUUGGAACCAUAAGCCGAAAUAUUUGAUCAUUGUUACUUUUUACCAGGAAGCCCGUGAAAGGAAAUUUCCUCGACAUAUUUGCUACAUGCUAAAACGUCUUCUCAUGUCUGCUUUUGCAAGUGAGACUUCUGCUGGAAACUGUGAAACUUAUCAGAAGCUUAUGCUUCUCCUCUGUGCUUCUGAACUCUGUCUCCAAUGUGGGGAUUAUUCUGGAUGUCUUCACUAUGCUACAGAUGCAUCACAACUUUCUCUCCCCAAUGGUGUUCUUUUCUUUUCACAUUUUCAGUUAUGUAGAGCUUAUUCGUCUGUUGGUGACUUGGGUGCACUUCAAGUUGAGUAUCAAAAAUGCCUGCAAAUUGGCACCUGCUAUGAAAUUGGCUGGUUAUUGCUCAAAUUCCUUGAGUGCACAUUCAAAUUAAAGUCUGGUUCAAAUACAAUUGACAUGAACUUUGAAGCUUGUCUGAAGGAGAAGGGUAGCUGCUGGUACAGGUGGAUGGCUCUCUUCAAUCUAGUGGACAUCCAGAUUUUUAUUUCAGAUCAGGAAUUUCUCCUUGCAGAAGCUCUUCUUCGUCGUGUUUGUUCUCAUCAAGUUGAUGCAUGUCUUUUAUUUCUCCAUGGUGUGGUCUGUAUGGAGGUUGCUAGGAAGCAGUCAGACUCAAACUUCCUGUCUCUUGCUGUUAAGAGUCUCUCCAAAGCCCGAGAGAUGAAAGUUUUCCCGUUGCCAAUUGUUUCGGUUAUGUUAGCCCAGGCACAUGCCAGCGUAGGUGCCAAAAGUAACUGGGAGAGGGAUUUGCGACUGGAAUGGUAUUCUUGGCCUGCAGAAAACAGGCCUGUGGAGCUCUAUUUUCUUAUGUAUCUAGUUGCCAGACAGUCUAAAGAAGCAUCUGAGAUCGAGUCAUCGCAAGCACCUGUUAAAUGGUUCCUCCAUGCUAUACAUCUUAAUCCAUCAUGCCUGAGGUACUGGAAAGUUUUGCAGAAGGUGAAAGGCCAACCUUGAAUCAAUGUCCCUUGUUGGAGAAAAUAUGUAAUAUUUUGGUCUACAUGUUCAGCAUUUCUUAUUAUCUUUAUCUUGUACACUUUAACCUUGUCUAUAUACGUUUCAUUAAGAGCUUGUUUAGUUGCAGGAACAACUGUUCUUAAAAUCUGUGUCUUAAGAACACAAAGAGUUUUUGUCCAUAUGAACAUGUUGUAAUUUUGUCAUAUGUUUGUUUACAAAGAUAAAACUUUCAACU